AUGGAUCCACAAGGCUUACCACCUGGAUGGUCAGUUGGUUAUGACAGUGUCACUGGUUUCCCAUAUUUUAUUGAUCAUAUCAAUAAGACUACUACAUGGGAAGAUCCACGAAAGUCUAAAAAUCAGUUAAAUAGCUCACCAAAUUUACGAUCUGUUCCAAAUUAUUCAUCUGAACAUCUAAAUCUGCGUAAUAAAAUAAAUAACCCGAAUGACAAUGGUCAAGUGGUAAAUCAUUCGUCGAGCAAUUGUAGUGAAGAGGAUAUUCCUCGUAAAAAACAAUCAUACUAUGAAAAUGCUACUGAACCAAUACCUAUUAAGGUACAUCCUGUCACUUCAUCGUCGUUCGGUGGGAAUGACAACCAUCACGAUCGUCAUCAUAAGCAUCAAGAUCAGAGGUAUGAGCAACAGGCACAAUCGUUCAAUCCUUCUUCUGAUAAAGCUAAUCAUCAUAAUGAUGAAGUUCCAUCAUCAAUACCUGUUAAAAUAGCAGAUGAUAAUAAUGAAAAUUCAGACAACAGUGAAACAACCAAUCAUCAAUCAACACCAUUAGAUCCAAUGUCUUUAAUAGAACAAGCACAAAGUGAACUGGAAGAAGUAAAAGCUGAAAUAAACGAAUUUUUUCCUUCGUUUAAGGACAAAAAAUAUCUGUUACUCGAGGAUAAACUUGAAAAACUCACAUUACGAUUGGAUAAUAUUGAUUCUGCUGGUGACUCAGCGAUACGCAAUAAGCGCCGUGAAGUGAUAUUGGCUAUUCAAAAUGUUCUUAAAAAUUUAGAGGAUAAACUAGCCAAUAGUAGAUCGUUAGUAAAACUCCAGUCUAAUGACGAUACUCAAGAAGGCGAUGCGCAACUUACAGGCAAACAUGUUAAAAACAAUAAGAAUACGGUGGGUAAAGACGACGUUCCGUCGUUGGCUGACUCUGAAGUAAAUUCACGAAAAGAAGAUUAGAGAUGAAUGGACGAAGAAAAUGAAGUCAUCUUACAUCAUUCAUAUUAUAUGUUUGGCGUAGUUUAACUUUCCUCUAUUUUGUUUCUCCUCUCCUAAAAUAUUUCUUUAAUUAUCAUGUGAAUAAUUUAUUUGUUGUACAAAUACAAACUAUGUGUGAUCUUAAUAUUUAUGAGUGUUUUAACUGUAGGAUCUUUUGUGAACUCAAACAAUGACUAACUGUCGGAACUGGCGUAUUCAAAUUUACAAUUUUUCUUGGUCUUCACCUUAUUUAAUAAAUAUUCGUCGAUAUUUUCAAGAGAUCUUGAAUUACUAGGUAGUAGUCGCUUAUAAACACAUGUGACGCAUGGUUUUAUUUCAAAACUUAUACUAUUUUGUCAUAUGUAUGCCCGUCUUCUCUACGCAUAAGUCUCACUCCUAAUGUAGAUAUUCUAACGAAGUACGAAUUCUAUACAGCUAAAAUAUCUGUUUUUAGGAGUCAGUAGAGAAUAUAACCGUAACGAUCUUUAAAAUGACACGAUACUUCUCAGCUUUUACAAAGGAUAUACACAUAACUCCCAAUUAUUUUGCUCUU